AUGAUCGCUUCAUCAUCCAAAACGAGGGAACAAGAAUCCUCACCUACAAGGCAAGAGGUACCGUACGAUCAAGCAUCGACCAGUACUUCUUCGAGCUUCUUAUCGCCCAUCACUCCUCAGGUGCAGUCACCACUACUAAGAGCGCCAGCGGAGAUCAUACAGAAAGUCCUCUCAGCAUCGGGUGGAGAAGAAGUACAGGCAAUAGCUUCAGCCGCCAAAGUAUGUAAAGAGUUGAGAUCGAUAAUAUACGAUAACCCAGACCAAGCAUUAUGGCGUCAGGUCCUUGUACAGCAUUACGAUGAUCCCCGUACAGCAGCAGCAUUCCCUACACCCAGGCCAUCGUCCCGUAUAAAUUGGAGGCAGAGCGUACAGGAUAGGGAGCUGGUAAGGAGGAUAUUUAGUGAUUGGGCGGAAGACAAGUUAAAUCAGGUGAACGAGCAUAUCGACCUAAUAGUACCAACUCUACUGAACAUGUAUCUCGACAUAUCCCCGACAACCCCAUCCUCUGAUCCAAGUACAGCGGAUGAUUCCCCCAACUCUACUCUUUUAUCCACAUGGCUCCGCUCCUCAUUAAUCAAACACAUCUACGAAUCGCAAUACUUCACCGAACCUGAGCCCACCACCUCCUACCAACUCCGAUCGUCGCCCAAGCGAGUCAAGAGGAAAACCAUCGAUCCGGUGAUAUCGCAAUUACACUGCUUGAUACCGCCCGAGUACAACGAUGAUGUGAGAGAAGAUAGGGAAUGGAGGGGGUUCAUGAGGCGGACGGUGUACAAUGCGAAGAAUUUCGAGGAGGAGAAUGAUUAUGGCCCUUUCACAUCUGAUGGUAAGGUGAAUUGGGAGUUGAUCGAUGCGAUAAGUUCAGUCAUGAUGUGCAAUGCUCAAGAAUUGAUAAAGGGCGAUCCUACCGCUUGGCUUCCAGCUGUUCAGCCCUUGUCGUAUGGUGUGGAAUCAGUCAGAGGAUGGGGAUAUACCGAUCUGAGAAGACCGGAUAAUCUUACUCAGGGGGAGGUCUGGGACUGGGCAGGAAUAGGAGGAACAUGGUGUGGAUGCUAUGCAUUCAUGGAUUACGUUGAUUGGGUAGCCUUAAACUACCCUCAAUCAGCAUUCCUCCAUCGCCUCAGCUCCGAGAUCGACCUAUCGCUAUAUCAUGAAGCGUUAGGUGAUUUAAUGCAGUUGGACCUGAAAAUCUGCAAUGACCUUUACACCAAUAAUCCUAGAGAAAACAAGUGCGAAUAUCACGAGUUCACGUCCGACAGAUUCCCUCAGCCUUUACCUUCCAUGGAAACUGAUUUACCAACAUCAAGCCUUCUUCCUCCGCUCUAUUUCCAUGGCUCUUCCGUGCCCUAUGCAGGUGGGGAAGCUCCGCCCUUACCUCAAAAUGCAAUCAGAGGCGUGGUGACACUGACAGCGGACGAUCCACCUCAGGUCAGAUGGACCAUGAUCAUAAGAUAUAGAAAUGAGGAUAGAUGGAGGCUGGAGUGUGUACAAGUGGGAGGAAGAGGUUCGAAGAGGGGAUUUUUCGGAAUCUGGUCCGACGCCUCGAGGGGUGAACAGUCACCUUGUGGACCGGCUUGGUACUGGAAGGUUUAG